AAUCGAAUUUUUAAAAUUCCCGCUCUUGAAAUAUAAUGACGUUUAUAAAUAUAUCGGAAAAAGAAGGUUGCGAUUGGAUCUAGAAGAAGCUGCUAAUAAAUGCACUUCUUACGAUAUUCAUAUCUUCCCGCUUUUUCUUCAGUGCAUCGAUAUCGAAGGCUCGAUUUUAUUUAAAUCGAUUAUUCAAGGCGCAUAUUCAACGAAUAUUUGCAAUCGAAAGAAUUCGUUGGAUAAGAAGGUAGAAAUUUAUGCGAUUAGGUUCCAUAAAACUAAAGGUGAUUUGAAAAUGCUUCGAUGGCCGGAAAUAGCGGAAACGGGGAGGAUAGUGACAUUACUAGUGGCAAUGGUGGCAGCAGUCGUCCGGUGUAAACACGACGAAUGACGCGUCCUACCGCGCAGCUGCCAACACGCAGCAUUUGAACCUUCCUUACCACUUUGUAGUUCGAUCAGCCAUAUUGCCUUCUGGAUCUUACACAACGCCCUCACACGAACGAUCGCGAGUUUACGAGGUAAGGGAAUAUUUCGAUAUUUAAGCUAUCGUGGAUGAGCACGCUUUGUGCGUACGACGAGUUCAUUUAUUCUUUUAUUCGAACAUUCAAGAUUACGGUCGUAAGCAACGACGUUCACCGAUACUGAAAGAAACGCGGGAAAUAAGUGUUGUAAGCGCGUAGCAGUACGGAAGGUAUUCCUCUCGGUCGCGUCCUCCAUAUUGAUGACAGCGCCGACGACUUGUAAGAAAACAAACUGUCGCAUGAAUUAAUGGAAUGAUCAUGACGAGCAACGUUGCAACAAUAAAAUUGGAAGAGGGACAAGAAUCUGUAAGAGAGAUUCAAACCUAUCUUGAAACAUUUAACAAGGAAAUAGAAGUCGGACAAGUAGAGCAACCACAACAUGUUGAAUUACAUCAAGUGGAAGGAUUAUCAGGAGGAGAAGAAGGUGGUACCUACUUUAUCGAUCAGACUGGUCAAUAUUAUUAUCAGGCUAAUAGCGAUGAAACCCCUGUAAUGACACAAGUACAAAUUCAAGAAGUUGAAGAAGGCGAUGUUCCUCAAGAAGGUGAAGUAACUCAAGAAGAACAAUAUCAUGAGAUAGAAGAAUUGGAAAAUGUCGAUGGGGAUGAAGACGGUCAAGUUCCAAACAACGGAAACAAUCAAGUUGUAAUUAACUCUGGGGACGCAUAUCAGACUGUUACUAUAGUACCAUCUGACACUAAUCCUGGCGAAGUGAGUUACGUUUUGAUAGUACAACAACCAGAAUCUGAGGACAAAGAUAGUAGACCUGCUGAAGGUGAAAGCGGAGAGGUAGAAGAAGCAGAAGGGGAACAAGAUUUAACUGUUUAUGAUUUUGAAGAUAACGAGGAUAACGAAGCUCCAGUAGAAUCAGAGGCUGAAGAUGACAAAACUAAAAUAAUUAAGUUUCUUCCAAAGAAAUCACAAACUGUAACUCAAGCGCAUAUGUGUAAUUACUGUAACUACACCAGUCCCAAACGGUACUUGCUUUCGCGACAUAUGAAAUCUCAUUCAGAAGAAAGACCACAUAAGUGCAGCGUCUGCGAAAGGGGAUUUAAAACUUUGGCUUCCCUUCAAAAUCAUGUCAAUACGCAUACCGGGACCAAACCCCACCAUUGCAAAUUUUGUGAUAGCGCGUUUACUACAUCCGGUGAACUUGUGAGACAUGUAAGGUACAGGCAUACCCAUGAAAAACCACAUAAAUGUCAAGAAUGUGAUUAUGCUUCGGUUGAAUUGUCUAAAUUAAAACGACAUAUAAGAUGUCAUACGGGAGAACGUCCUUAUCAGUGUCCACAUUGUACAUACGCAAGUCCAGAUACCUUUAAAUUAAAACGUCAUCUUCGUAUACAUACAGGCGAAAAGCCAUAUGAAUGUGAUUUUUGCCAAGCGAGGUUUACACAAUCAAAUAGUUUAAAAGCACACAAAUUAAUACAUAAUGUAGGUGACAAACCUGUUUUUCAAUGUGAGUUAUGCCCCGCGACGUGCGGAAGAAAAACCGAUCUUAGAAUUCACGUGCAGAAAUUGCAUACCUCGGACAAACCAUUAAAAUGUAAAAGAUGUGGAAAAACAUUCCCUGACAGGUAUAGCUAUAAGUUACAUAGUAAAACACAUGAAGGAGAAAAAUGUUACAAAUGUGACCUAUGUCCGUAUGCAUCAAUUUCUGCACGUCACUUGGAAAGUCAUAUGCUGAUCCACACAGAUCAAAAGCCAUAUCAAUGCGAUCAUUGUUUUCAGUCUUUCAGACAGAAGCAAUUGCUUAAACGUCAUUGUAAUCUUUAUCAUAAUCCAUCUUAUGUUCCUCCACCGCCGCAAGAAAAAACUCAUCAAUGUCCCGAGUGCGAAAGACCUUUCAGACACAAAGGAAACCUUAUUCGACACAUGGCUGUCCAUGAUCCAGAAUCAUCUUUGCAAGAAAAACAGCAAGCCCUGAAGAUGGGUAGACAAAAGAAAAUUCAAAUAAUCGAUGGACAAAGAGUCGAAGUUUUGACUGGUGAUUUAGCUUCUAAACUUAAAGGUUAUGAAGAAGAAGAGGAAGAAGAUGAAGAUGAUAUGAUGGCGGUAGAAGGAAGUGAUGGACAACAAUAUGUUGUAUUAGAAGUAAUCCAAUUAGCUGACAAUCAAAGCACCGAUCAGCAGAUGGCUGUGGUAGCUAGCGAAGAUGGAGAUUUGGUGAUGCAAGAUCCCUUGAGUCAAGAAAAUAGUAUGGGAGAUGGAACGGGAGAAGAUGGUUGCGAAGUCGAAGAGGAUGAUAGCGAUAUGCAGGAACUAAAAAUUGAAUCUGUAACGUCUUGUAGCACAAACAAGUCUACAUCUCAAAGUACGCAAAGUGAUCCGAAAUUGCAAAAAGAGAUGGAGACGUGUUUUGGUUUUGAUGAAGAAGAAGAAGAGGAAGAAGAAGGAAGCAGUAAUAUAAACAUUUUACAAAAUAUUUCGUAAUAAGAGGAAGAACAGAAUGAUGUACCUAUUUAAAUAAUAGUCCGAUCGUUCUUCUUUUGCACAGUGUUUACACAGUGAUGUAUUGAAUGCGGAGACUGCAAAUUAAAUGUAUUAUGAUUUUUUAACACAACUGUGUGUUACCGUUAAAACGUGAAAUUCGUUAUUUUAUGAAAUAAUCAGUAAGACGGCAGAAAUACAUACUAAAAUAUGUACAGUUAAUUAAAACUAAGUAAUAUAAGAAUUCACGAAAGGCGAGUCAUUAAACUCAUUAAAUAUCACGAUGAUAGUUUAAUCACGUCGUGAUCAAAUUUCAAUUUGAUAUUUUAAUUAUUCAUCUUUAGUGAAUUCGCAUAUAUUACCUGGUUACUUAAAGGAUAGCCUGAAUUAUACACUUUAACGGUAACAACUAUACUGAGUUCCAAGGAAACUUUUCUGGAGCUAUUGCGGUCCACAUACGGCAUAUGUAUGGUACAAGAAUCUUCUUUUGCCACUAGUGCAUUAGAUACAUGUAAUAAUUUAUGAAAAUACUGUAGUUUUGUGGUUUAGCGAAAUAUCAUGAAAAUGUACAAUUAUAAUAAUGUAAAAUAUUUUAUUGUCAAUGAGAUUUACUAACUCCUUUAAAAUUGAAAAUGACAUUAUCGAAUUAAGAACAACGUGUGUCAAUAAUAUAAAGAAUUAUACUAGUAAUUCUAGUUUAGCACAAUAUUUUUAAACAAAUUAUUUAAGACUUUAAGACAAUAUCACGACGGCAAUUCUGAAGAAGGCAGAAUUUUUUCAACUGCCGUGAAAUAUAAGUUAUAUCAAGAAGAGUCGUGUGAUGUUACUUUGUAAAUACUGCUUAUUGUCACAUUGUUUCAAAGACAAAUAUGAAGUAUUAGAAUAAGUAGUAUAAAAUAUGAAUGAAGUGCUUGAGUCUUGUCUAUGUAGACAGGCUGAAUGAUUAAUAUGAGCAUGUUCUUAAAGUGUGAAAGAUUUAGUUACAAAUGAUGACACUUUGGAAGUUUCAAAUGUAGUUAAUAAUCCUUGGUUAACCUGGAAGACAUUGAGUUGAUAUUUUGAAUGUACUUUGUUUGAUACUAUCAGAAAAUUAGUACUGUAGUAUAAUGGCUUGAGUCAUUAUUAAUAUUAUUAAUAAUGAUUAUAAUAGUACAUAGGCAAAUCGUUACUUUAAAUACACACACACCACACAAAUAUAUGAAAAAACAAUUUCUCUCUUACAAGUGCACGCAUAAUAGCAUUUUUCUAACGACAAAACAAUAAUCCUUGGUUGGUAUUGUGUAAUCUCUGUUUAUAAUAGAUACAAGGUCCGAUGAAUAAUAGUAAAGUGAAAUCUAUAGAAAAGAUUCUAAUAUAAUGAACUGACAUAAUGUAUUAGGAAAUGCGAAUUGUUCUAUCUGUGGUGUAUCAUUUAGUUUGAUUAUUCAAUAUUAUUACGCUUAGAAAAUAUAAUGUCUAUAAUAAAUAGAAACACAAUACCAUCCGAGGUAGAAAUUAUAUUAGCAAUAAAUAAUACGAGUUUCGUUUCGCGUCAAUUUUCAUAAUUAUUUAAUAAUUAUUUGUAUAUUCUCAAUUAACUGAUUGUUUUUCUUUUAUCUCACACUAUCUCUCUUAUAUUAUAUUAUAUUAAAUAAUGAAAAUGCUAAAUAUUGUAUAGUAUUGCUUCCAGGUUAACUUGGCAGAGCAGGCAUAUGAAAUAUAUACAAAUACAUAAUGUUAUUUUAAAUUUUAGGGUAAUCACCUUAACAUAUAUUUAUGUUUGGACAAUAUAAGUCCUACCAUUUGAUAUUUAUAAUACUAUUUCAUUGUAUUUUAGAAUUAUUAUUUAGAUUCUUUUCAUAUAAUUUAUGUUUACGAUUAUAUAUUGAAUACUUUGCAUUAUGUCAAUAUAAAAUUCUGUCUUACAUAAGUAAUUGGAUAAAAUGCGAAUUUGCACUCGUUUAAAGAAUGCGAUGUUGUAGUUCGUUGUUCGUAUAUUGUUGCCCACAACUUGCUUUCUUCAUACCUCCGAGGUAAAAUAUACGAAAAAUGUAAAAACUAUGUAUAAUUUUUUUUACAUACGAACUGUACAAUUGUAAUCUAGUAACGGAUCAUCACUUUUAUGCUGUUCAAUAUUAUGCACUUUCUUACAUUAUUCCAAAGAAACGCAGUGUAGCAUUUUCUCUAUAAUAAACGUUAUGACGUCGAUAACA